CCGCGGCCGCUGGAACUGGAGGCACCGGCGCUGCGGCGCUCUGUCCCCGCGCACCAUGGUGUCGGUGACCAGGACGGCGUUUGGAGAGCUGCCGUCGGGGGCAGGGCCCGUGGAGAAGUUCCGGCUGCAGUCAGAUCUGCUCAAAGUGGACCUCAUCUCCUGGGGCUGCACCAUCACAGCCCUGGAGGUCCCAGACAGGCAGGGGAAAGCCUCCGACGUGGUGCUCGGCUUCGCCGAGUUGGCAGGAUACCUCCAGAAGCAGCCCUACUUUGGAGCAGUGGUUGGGAGAGUGGCCAACCGAAUUGCUAAAGGAGCAUUCACCUUGGAUGGAAAGGAAUAUCGCCUGGCCAUUAACAGAGAGCCCAACAGUCUGCACGGAGGACUCAGAGGGUUUGACAAGGUCCUGUGGACUCCUCAGGUGCUGUCAAAUGGGGUUCAGUUCUCCCGCAUCAGUCCAGAUGGUGAGGAAGGCUACCCUGGCGAGUUAAAAGUCUGGGUGACAUAUACCCUGGAUGGUGGGGAGCUGGUGAUCAACUACAGAGCACAGACUAGUCACACCACACCAGUCAAUCUGACCAACCAUUCUUAUUUCAACCUGGCAGGCCAGGGCUCUCCAAAUAUAUAUGACCAUGAAGUCACCAUAGAAGCUGAUGCUUUUUUGCCUGUGGAUGAAACUCUGAUUCCCACAGGAAAUGUAGCUCCAGUGCAAGGAACUGCAUUCGACCUGAGAAAACCAGUGGAGCUUGGAAAACACCUGCAGAAAUUCGGCAUCAAUGGUUUUGACCACAAUUUUUGUCUCAAGGGAUCUAAGGAGAAGCAUUUCUGUGCAAGGGUGCAGCACCCUGGAAGCGGCCGAGUCCUUGAAGUCUAUACCACCCAGCCUGGCGUCCAGUUUUACACAGGCAACUUCCUGGAUGGCACACUGAAGGGCAAGAAUGGAGCUGUCUAUCCCAAGCACUCUGGUUUCUGCCUCGAGACCCAGAGCUGGCCUGAUGCAGUCAAUCAGCCUCACUUCCCCCCUGUGCUACUGAGGCCUGGGGAAGAAUACAACCAUACCACCUGGUUCAAGUUCUCCGUGGCUUAAGGAAGAGUGACUCCUUGGCAGCCUGUCUUCUAUCCAGAAGAUCUGGAGGUUUUGCUAGUGAUCCUGUGUGUUAAAUCAUACAAAUGGUAGAUUGACAUGAUCAUCAGUCUGAAUAUUAGUUUUUCAAUAACCAGCCCCAGGUCACAUUUAAUGACCAGGUCAUGUUUAAUGACUAUUCUCUGUGCAGUGUAGAAGUCAAGUGACGUCUCGUCUAAGGCCUGACCCUAGCCCCAAAGUGGUGCCUGGGACUCUUGGUAGUAUUAUGCCUUCUUUCCACAUUGCCCUGUUCUUUUCUACUUAUCCUUCCUUCUUUGCUGUUACUCUUUUCUUUGUGUGUGUGUGUGUGUGUGUGUUUGUACUGGUAUUAGGGCUAAACUCAAGGCCCUAAACUGUUGUUUUUUCUCUUAAGGCUGGUGCUGUACCACUUGAGCCACACCUCUAUUUCCAGCUUUUUUGCUGGUUAAUUGGAGA